UUUCUUUUAGGUUGAUUGGAUAAAAGUUGGAGAAGUAUUGCCACAUACCAUUUCAUUUUCAAACCAGAAGGUACUACACUCAUCUUCUGAAGCUACUUAUGUGAGAAACCCAACCUUCUUAAUAGCACCUCAUGAAGCAGAUCAUAGGGGCAACUUGAGUGAAGCUGUGACUCUGACAGCCAACGAUGGAAACAGCUGUAAUGAUGCAUCUUACACUGCUGUUGCACCAUCAGAUGAUCUUGACUGGGCAAUGUAUGAUCAAGGUUCUCCCAGCAUGCUGACUCACAAACAGAAAGAGAUCCUGGAAAACCUCAAGAGCCAACAUAGGCAAAAUGUAAAACAAAAGACUUUGUUGACAAGGAGAUCAAAAUGGAAGAAGCAACAUAUGUGGAAUAUCACUGAGCUGGAAGAUGAGGAUAUGACUCCCAUGGCAGGAAUUUCUUCAAAGUGUUCAAAUUUCCAUGUUUUGCCAUCAGAAGACCUUAAGGAUGAUUCAAGUGAUGAUUCAGACAAGAUUCCAAUGGACUUAAUGUGUCCAGUGUGUCUUGAUCUGCUUUACAGCCCUCUAGAGGUUCAGCCAUGCAGACAUAUAUUUUGUGAACCGUGUUUGAGGAGGGUAGCCCAUCCCAAUCCAACAAAUACAUUGUGCCCUCUAUGUAGACAUAUGAUUGGACAAUGUAUGCCAUCUAGAGGUAAGAGAACUUCUGAUUUGUAA